AUGGCGAAACCUUGGAGUGUUGACAUGGAUAUGGAGAAGGAAGAGAUCAAAUCUGUCCCUAUUUGGAUUCAGUUGAGUCUGAAUUUUAAGUAUUGGGGUGAAAAAUCUCUUUUCAAAAUCGUGAGUCAGUUAGGCAAGCCAAUUAAGAGGGAUGCAGCCACUGUGAUGUUGGUUGAUAUGCCAAUCACACAAAAUCUUCCUGAUCAAGUAUCCUUUAUGAAUGAGCAUGGUGAGCUGGUUCAGGUACCUAUCACUUAUGAGUGGAGGCCAACUGUUUGUGAUAACUGCAGGCUAGUUGGACAUUUAACUACUGAGUGUAAGAAGGGGAAAACUAAGAAAAUAUGGGUGCAGAAAAAACAACAGGUUCAAAAUCACACAGAGGUGGUGGAGCCAAAGGUGGAUCAGGAGGGGUUUCAAAGAACUCUCAGAACAAUCAGGGUUAUACCUACCAACUUGGUGCCAACACUAAUUGCUAAUCCUUUCCAAAUGUUGAAUGAUGAUGGUGUUCAUAGUGCUUGCAGUACUGCUGAGUUGGAUAGGGGAGAUGAUAUUGAGGAGGGUAGCACAGGAAGAGGGAACUCUUCCAAAUCUUAUGGAUAG